AUGAGAUCCCUCAUCAAAUAACCACAUUACAUGAAUGAUUUUUCUCAUAAUGAAGAUAUCUCUAAUAAUCUAUCUGAGUCUCCUUCACUUGAAAAUCAUCAAAAAGUGAAUGAUAAUGUUUCGAGAUCUAUACUUAAAUCCUUAGAAUAAGGUACAUCAUUUCAACCAAUCAAGAAGAAAACAGUUGAGAAACCUUCCCUAUUGAUAUAAGAAGAUUAACUUUCACAAAGAAAACUUAAUAAACAUAUUUAAUUAUGGAAAAUUAACUUUGAUGAACUUUCAGAAUAAGAAGAUCUAGGACAAGACAUAAAAAAAGAUUCAUAGUACAUUUCAGAAUCUAUUUUACUUUAGAAUGAGCGAAGUCCCUCUAUUGAAGAACCCUAAAAUACUGAAUAAUAUUUAGAAGAUUAAGAAAUCCUUGAAGAUGUUAAAAUAAUUAAACAAUAAUUUAAGGUGGAGAAACAUUAAGAGAUAUAGAAAUUAAAUCUUAGAAAACAAUCUGAAAAUUAAUUAAGAACUCAACAAAAAUCUAUCGAUAUCGAAACACCAAUCAAUAGAAUUUUCCAUUAAGAAAUUUAAAUAAACAAACCGAAAUAAAUUAUCAUAUGGAAAUUUUAAAAUCCCAAAAACUCUUAAAUUAAUUUUAGGUUAUAAGAUCAAGAAGACAUAAAUAAGAACAAUGAAUUUAUGCUUGAUUAAUAACCUAAAUCUUAAGAAGUUGAAGACUUAGAUUGCAUUAAUAAUAAAUUACUUAUUGGUUCAUAAAAUACUAAAGAAAAAAAAUAAAUUUCAUAAUAAGUUUAAAAUAGUGAAAAUUAAGAAAAUAAGCAAAUUGUAAAUUUCCAUUAAGAUUCUUAGUAUGUUGGAGAAAAAAAACAAUAAGAAAAUUUCCAAUAAAUAUAAUUAUUACAAGAAUAAGAAUAAAAAGAAUCUACUUACGAAUAAUAAUUAUUAUAGGAUGCUGUAGAAGUAAAAAAAAUGAUAUAAGAACAAUUGUAAGAGGAUGAAAUAAGAAAUUAUGAGGAAUAUGAGAAAGUUUAUAAAAUUCUUUCAAAAAAAUUGAUAAAUUAAGGUAAGCCAUUAUAUAGAUGUUUGUUAAUAUAAAAAUAGAGGGAUGUUAUUAAAUGGUUGAGAUUUUCGGAAAUUGCAUUAAUAAAUGAAGGUGAAAAAGAGAUUUAUAGAUUUGAAAAAAAAGUAUCAGAUCAAAUGUUUCUUUAAAUUUUAAAAAAGAAUAUCAAAUAAGUUACUAUUACUAAAUAAUUUAUGUUUGAUCCUGUAAAAGUUCCUUAUAUAUAAGUGAAAGAAAUUCAAGAAGAGAAAUUAAAAAUGGAAAAAGAAAUAAGUUCUAUUUAAUAAUAGAAAGAAGAAAUUAAGAGAAAGAUUAAUGCAGCUUAAAUAAAAAGUGAGUAUUAAAAGCCAACAGUAAAGAAAUAGUCAAGCCAAAAAUAAUCUAAAAGAAGACAUUCAUCAGAUUAUUUAAAGAAAGAAGAUAAAGGAAGAGAUAAAGAAAUCAUUCUGAAAAAGAAAAAUGGAAUUUAAUCAAAUAGUGAUGAUGAAGAUUUUGAUUUAUUAGAUGCAGAUAGAGUUUAGAUUUUAAAGAUUGCUAUGGAUAAAUCAAAAAGAUAUGAAAGGCAAAAUAAAAUAAAAUAAUAUCAUACAAAAUUGUAUAGAGAAGAUCAAAAAUAACAAGAUGAUGGAGUAUUAGUUAAAUAAAUGAUAGAUUUAUAUAAUGAACAAUUUUCUGAAGAUGAAAAAUCUUAGUUCAUUUAGUAAAAAAUAAAAUAGAAAUAUGUAGAUAAAUAUAUAACAAAAGAUAAUUUAGAUUUAUCUAUGAAAAAUGAGUAGAAAAUAGAUCACUUAUAAAAACGAUUUUAAAAAAAGAUUGAAAAUCCAUACAACAGAUUAGAAACAUACGAUGAAAUGAAAAAAAUAUCAAAAAUAUAAUAAAAAAGAAAAGAGAAAUAGAAUUUAGGUUUUUAAUAAUAAAUAAAUGGAAUCGAUAUUGAACAAAAAUAACAAUAUUUUUAUAAGAAAUAGAUUUUAGGGAAAAAGUAAAAUCUCAAAUAAUAAUAAAAUUUUGAUUAACAAUUAAGUUAUGUAAUUAAUUAAUAAAGUGAAAAAUUGUAGAAUAAAUAAAAAUAAGAAACUAGGGAAUCUUUAAAAUAAUUAUUUAUUAAGAAUGAAUAAUAAAAGAAAAUAGAAUAGUAAAAAUUUGACAGAAAGAAUAGUGGAGGAAAAGCGAGUUAAGUUUAAUAAAGUGAUAAUUCAUCAUUUUCCAGAUCAUCAUCGAAUGGAAUUAUAUCAUCAAGAAGAGUUUAGGAAAUAAAUAAAUUUAGAAGAUUAAUGAGAAAUUAUAAACAUUAAGACGAGAGUCCCUAAAUAGUUUUUGGAAGGAAUAGAAGCAAUCAAAAAAGAUUAAAGAAAUGA